AUGAAGGCGUUGGUGGUGAUUGUGAUCCUCAUCCACAUUUCCCAGCAUGCAUUGGCUGUAGUGGUGCAGGCGUAUGAGGGGAUGGAGUCGGUCCUGCUGCCCUACCAGUAUUCUGGGAUGUUACCAGAGGUUCCUUCGGUGGUUUGGAGACGCUCAGAUCUGAACCAAACAGUCCUCCACCUGCUUAAAUACAAAAGUCAAUAUCAUAAAGAGGAAUACCGUUACAGUGAGAGGAUGUCAAUGAAGACCAACGCUCUGGAAUCUGGAGACUUCAGCCUCACUCUGAAGAAACCACAACUGUCUGACAGCAACUACAACUACACCUGCAGCCUCCAAUGGGAAACCAAUAAGGGGACUAAAGAAGAGAAACUGACACAAGUACAGCUGCAGGUCAAAGAUGACCAGGUGAAGGUGGAGGUCCAGGAGGGGGCGGAGUCAGUCCUGAUGCCUUGUAGAACCUCAGCUGAUCUGCCUGAAGACACCAGAGUGGAGUGGACGCACUCUGAUCCAGGAAUGAUGGCGGUCCACGUGGUCCAUGUCCAUCCAAAUAAAACGGAUGAUCUUCAAACACAGGACAGGUUUUACUUUGGCCGCACAGAGAUGAAUAAAGACCUGAGUCUGAGUCUGAAAUGCCCCAUGGACAGAGACAGAGGGACGUAUAUCUGCACCGUCUACUGGAAAGGAGACAUCCUGAGGCAGAAGGUCCUGCUCCAGGUGGUCGAAGAGGGUUUUCCACCCUGGGCUAUGGUUCUCCUAGUUCUCCUGGUUCUCCUGGUUGUGGGUCUCAUUACCAUUGGAGGUCUUUUAUUUUACUGUCGACAGCAUCUUAAGUCAGUCUACAAGGUGGAGGUGGAUUCAGGGGAGGAGUCUGUCCUGUUGCCAUGGAAAACCACAGCUCACCUGAUGAAGGAAUUCCGAUAUUACACAGUGGUUUGGACCAACAGACUGAACAGGAAGGUCCACGUGUAUGAGGGCGGCGCCGACCAACCUGAUGAACAGGACUGGUUCUACAGAAACAGAACCGAGAUGAAUGAAGACCUGCUGAGAACCGGAGACCUCAGUCUAAUCCUGAAACACCCCACAGACCAGGACACUGACACCUACACCUGCACCGUCUACAGCAAAGACAAGAGGAUCCUGAUGAUGACACAAGUGGUGCUGGAGGUCAAAGUCCAACAGGUGGAGGUGAAUUCAGGGGCGGAGUCUGUCCAGCUGCCCUGGAAAACCAAAGCUCACCUGAGAGAGGAUGUUACUAUCGAGUGGACGGACAGAUAUAAUAGAAAAGUUUACAUCUAUAACAAUGGAUUUGACCGACCUGAUGAACAGGACUGGUAUUACAGAAACAGAACGGACAUAAAUAAAGACCCAUUGAGAACCGGAGACCUGAGUCUGACCCUGAAACACCUCACGGACUGGGACGCCAACACCUACACCUGCACCGUCUACAGCAGAGACAAGAAGAUCCUGAUGAGGAAACAAGAGGAUCUGGAGGUCAAAGUCCAACUGGUGGAGGUGGAUUCAGGGGAGGAGUCUGUCCUGCUGCCAUGUAAAACUGUAGCUCACCUGACAAAGAACUUCAGACAUAUCAGUGUUAAGUGGAUGGACUUCUACAGCAAGAAGCUCAUUGUGCAUAAGUACGGCUCUGACCAACCUGAUGAACAGGACCCUAUUUACAGAAACAGAACAGAGAUGAAGAAACACUGGCUGAGUACUAGAGACUUCAGUCUAACCCUGAAACACCCAACGGACAGGGACACCAGCAGCUACUUAUGCAUCGUCUACAACAAAAACAAGGUCCUGAAGAAGAAACGAGUGGUGCUGGAGGUCAAAGUCCAACUGGUGGAGGUGGAUUCAGAGGUUAAGUCUGUCCUGCUGCCCUGGAAAACCACAUUUCAGCUGAUGGAGGACUUCAGUCAGAUCACAGUGGAGUGGACAGAUGUGGAUGUCAGGAAGGUCCACGUGUAUCAGUACGGCUCUGACAGAACUAAUGAACAGGACAGUAUGUACAGAAACAGAACAGAGAUGAAUGAAGACCCACUGAGAACUGGAGACCUCAGUCUGACCCUGAAACACCCCACAGACCUGGGCAGUGACACCUACACCUGCACCGUCUACAACACAGUCAAGCAGAUCUUGAGGAGGAAACAAGUGCGUCUGAAGGUCACAGACCAACAGGUGGAGGUGGUUUCAGGGGAGGAGUCUGUCCUGCUGCCCUGGAAAACCCCAUUUCAUAUAGAGGACAUCAGUCAGGUCACAGUGGAGUGGACAGACACUUUUGACAGGAAGGUCCACGUGUAUGAGGACGGCUCUGACAGAACUAAUGAACAGAACGAUGAAUACAAAAAGAGAACAGAGAUGAAUGAAGACCCACUGAGAACUGGAGACCUCAGUCUGACCCUGAAACACCCCACAGUCUGGGACACUGACACCUACACCUGCACCGUUUACAACAGACACAAGGAGAUCCUGAUGAGGAAACGAGUGAAUCUGAAGGUCGAAGACCAACAGGUGGAGGUGGUUUCAGGGGAGGAGUCUGUCCUGCUGCCCUGGAAAACCCCAUUUCAUAUAGAGGACAUCAGUCAGGUCACAGUGGAGUGGACAGACAAUCAUGACAGGAAGGUCCACGUGUAUGAGGACGGCUCUGACAGAACUAAUGAACAGAACAAUAGAUACAAAAAGCGAACAGAGAUGAAUGAAGACCCACUGAGAACUGGAGACCUCAGUCUGACCCUGAAACACCCCACAGACUGGGACACCAACAUCUACACCUGCGCCGUCUACAACAGACACAAGGAGAUCCUGAUGAGGAAACGAGUGCAUCUGAAGGUCAAAGUCCAACAGGUGGAGGUGGUUUCAGGGGAGGAGCCUGUCCUGCUGCCCUGGAAAACCACAUUUCAUAUAGAGGACGUCAGUCAGGUCACAAUGGAGUGGAUGGACGGUAGUUACAGGAAGGUCCACGUGUAUGAGGACGGCUCUGACAGAACUGAUGAACAGGACAGUAUGUACAGAAACAGAACAGAGAUGAAUGAAGACCCACUGAGAGCUGGAGACCUCAGUCUGACCCUGAAACACCCCACAGUCUGGGACACCAACAUCUACAUCUGUGUCGUCUACGACAGAGACAAUCAGAUCCUGAUGAAGAAAGAAGUGCAUCUAAAGGUCAAAGUUUAAGAGGUGGAGGUGGAGGAGGGGGCAAGGUCGGCCCGGCUGCCCUUCAGUACGACCACUGACCUUCCUGAGGACGCCAGAGUGGAGUGGAGAUACUGUGGUAAUGGCUGGAAAUCCAUACAGG